UUAGUUGCCUGUCAUCAACUUGAUUUGUCAUUCAAUUCAGUCAAUCAAAAUUAAAGUUUUUUGUCCUACGUCGACGGUUUUAUUGUUUAUUAUCUAAUUAUUCCUAGAGAUGGAUGAUUUUGGGGAUAAUUUCGUUCAACCGGAGGUAGAUCCAGCAGCGGAGUUCCUUGCUAGGGAGCAGAACCAGCUGGCGGGCCUCGAAGUGGAGUUGGAGACCACCGCUCCGCCCCCCGUCGCUGCUGCCCUUUCGUCGAAUGGUCUCGACGACUUCGUUGAAGUGAAUGGAGCUGGUGAGGCGACAAAUGGCUCCAGCGUAUUGGACGAGGACCCUCCAGUGUCCGUGUUCAGACAAGAGCGAGAAGAACCCGAGAAGAUCAAGAUUUGGAGGGAGGAACAAAAGAAGAGACUUGAAGAGAAAGAUGCUGAAGAGGAAAAGAAGAAGCAAGAGCUCUUGAAGAUUGCUAAGAAGGAACUUGAAGAUUGGUACAAAAAUCAUGAAGAACAAAUUGCUAAAACUAAAGCUGCCAACAGGGAGUCUGCUAAGAAUGCAGAGAAGGCCCUGGCCCGUGGCUCUGAGAGUACAGUGGAGGAUGGGAACGAGUGGACGCGCGUGGCGGAGCUCUGCGACUUCGGUCCGAGGCGCGGCCGCGACGUCGCGCGCCUGCGCCAGAUAGUUCUGCAGCUGAAGCAGGCUGGAGUCCGACCCAAGCACCCGCCACGACCCACUAAAGUAGCCUAAAUACCAGGGGAGAAAUUAAACAAGAAGAAUAAGUAUAUUAUUAUUAUUAGAUAAAACAAUACUUUAUUAUUUGUAUAAAUGGUCAGUCCAUUGCAAAAACGUAGUUAUCUUAAAAAACUAUAAAUAUUACUACAUUUUGCAAUAACUAUCAUUAUUUAAAUGUUAUAAUAUAAUAUUAUGCUAAGCUAUACAUUGUAUCUAUGAUGUAUUGUGCAGUGGCUAACUAUUGGAAGUAAUAGUUCUUUUGUUAUUAGAGAUCACACACAAACUAUAAAAUAUGAAUUAACAGUAAAUAAAUAAUCAUUCCAACAUA